AUGCCGCCCGUUCGCUGCCAAAGUCCCCACGCGGGCCGGCGAGACCAGCUUGCUGACACCAGAGAGCGACCUCGUUCACGCUCCCGACCCGGAUCGCCUACCUAUCUCACUGUGACAGAACCCAGUGUUAUAUCCAGGCGUUCAUCCCCUGCUGGAUAUCCUGAACAAGGUGGCCCCGCGCCUUUUCGAAGCCGCAGCCGUUCCCCUGCGCAUCACUCUCCCUCUCGUCGAUCUUCAUACUGCGAUAUACGACCCGAUCCAGAAAUUUCUGAAACAGGGAAAGUGCCCGAAGAUCUUGACCGGCCCGUAGAAAAGGACUCUAUCGAGCACACCAAGUUGGCUGUCAAUAUUCCCAUCCAGCCGAGGAACCUCGCGUUGCGCCAAUCUCCACCUUCGGGCCCUUCUCAAGGCCCCAAGCUCGCCCCCACACCGAAUCGUGGAUCUCAGAAUCUUUCAUUGCUGUCGGCUCCUACUCGUCCUCGUCGCGGCCCUGCUUCUCGAGAAGGUACCUGGGUCGGGGCUCCCGGAGCCCGUCGUGGCCCCCCAUCGACUGUGCCCUCAGGCCCUCGAGCCUCCUUCGCGGCUCCCGCCCCUGGCGGGGGAAGCUAUCGACACUCUACCUCUCGUCCGGGCGGCUCCACCCCGAUUCUCUCGUCAGCUCCAAAGGGUCCUACCCAUAUGACUGGGCUCGGAUCAAUUAUUCCAGGCGGUCGCACGCUACCCUCCAUGUUGGACGCCGCAACCGAGCGUCGUUUGGCCCAGCUCGAAGUUGAUCGCGAGAGGUUACUGGACCAGGUUUUAGAGACCCAACGAUCCAAACGAGCUGGACUUCGUGACUGGGAUCGACUCGACCGGGAGAGCUCCAUUUGUGCGCUCAAGAGUGAAUUGGCCGAAGGUCACCUACAGCGCAUGGCCGAUGAGAGUAUUAGAGGCGGAGUUCUUUUUUAA